AAACUUCUCUGCAAAAAAUGGUGGUUCUUCGCCGCUGCGUGUGCGUCGCCGCGCUGGUGGCGCUGAGUCCCUGCAGCUUUUUGGGAGUGCGCGAGCCUGGAAGCACAUCACCACUGAUCCGAUUGAGGGCCGGGAAGAGGCAGCCCAAGGAGGACUUGGAAGUGAUGAAGGGUUUCUCGGUCUUGGUGGACUUCCAGAUGCAAGGCACCGAUGGUUCUGCCCUGGUGUGGAAGGACGUGGACAAUCCUCUCAGCUUCCUGGCAGGCGGCAGGGAGGUGCCAGAGCCCCUGGAUUCGGCCGUCUUGGGCAUGGUGUGCGGUGAAAGCAAGCGGCUCCUGGCCUACGGCGAACCUGACGAAGGUGGAAAGGAGCUCUGGGAGAUCUCCAACGAAAAAACGGACACUUGUGAUCUGCCGUUGACCCUGGACAUCACGUUGCUGGGGAUCAAGGUGAGACAGGAUAGUCGCGGAGUGGUGGUGCAAACCGUCAUGAGAGGUGAUGGCAUCACGUAUCCUAAGUCUGGAGACCGCAUCUCUGUACACUACACGGGGAAGCUGGCGUCAAAUGGUCGCAAGUUCGAUUCCACCUACGACCGAAAGAUUCCAUUUACCUUCAAGGUUGGAGUUGGUCAAGUCAUAGCUGGCUGGGACGUGGCUUUGAUGAAACUCUCCCAGGGCGAAAAAGCUGUGGUGACGGUGCCGUCCGCUUUGGCCUAUGGGCCUCGGGGCUAUGGGAAACUGAUCCCGCCCAACUCGGAUUUGAUCUUCGAGGUGCAUCUUGUGAAGGUAAGCCGCUACAGUUAUUGAUGCGCCAUGCGGAAGGGCUGUGCACAGAUUGACGUGGCUGGAUUCUUUCCACUUCCUACCCCUGCAGCUUUGGAUGGUGUGAUGAAGUGCAGGAAGCUCCAGUUCUGAGUGUCGCCAGAUGGAUCGACAUCAGCAGGGAUCAAACUUUGCAAACGGAGGACCGGAGAAGCUCUUUGGGUUGAUGGUCGUUGCGAAGCUGACGCAGUGCUGGAGGAAGAUUGCUUCGAAAAAA